AUGGAGCCCCUGCUGCCUGUGGCCUUUUUCCUCCUCCUUCCCUUACUGCUCGUCCCCUUCGCGCUCUUGGCAAGCAGGCGCCGUGGCCGGCGGACGCCUCCCCUCAAACUCCUGGUGGUGGCCGGCUCCGGUGGGCACACAACAGAAAUCCUGAGGUUACUUAGUUGUUUGUCAGAGUCGUACUCUCCUAAACAUUAUAUUUUAGCAGACUCAGAUAACAUGAGCGAAGUUAAAAUACGUUCUUUUGAACAAAAAAGGUCUGAAACAUUCUCCGGUUCACAGUUCACCCUUCAUCGCAUUCCCAGAAGCCGUGAGGUUAGACAAUCUUGGACCUCCUCUGUGGUGACAACCCUGUACUCCAUACUUUACUCCCUUCCUUUGAUCUACAAACUGAAACCAGAUUUGAUAUUGUGCAAUGGACCAGGAACAUGUCUUCCUGUCUGUAUAUCUGCUCUUCUUCUUGGGCUUCUAGGAAUAAAGAGAACAAUCAUUGUGUAUGUAGAAAGCAUCUGCCGUGUGGAAACUUUAUCCCUGUCUGGAAAGAUUCUUUACUACUUUUCAGAUUACUUCAUCGUUCAGUGGCGUGAUCUGAAGGAAAAAUAUCCCAAGUCAGUAUAUCUUGGUCGAAUAGUGUAACAAGAGAAGACAGGCUUUACCUAAAUUAAACUCUGCAAGCUCCUCACUGAAGAAAUGCAUUCACAUAGCAAUUUAUUUUCAAGGAUUCCAGUUGAGAAAUUAAAUUGGUACUGGAAAAGGAGGCAAUAAUAAAGAUCUCAACAUUUAAGUACAUUUUUGUGUAUUUGUAUAUACUACCAUCAUGUAGGUCUGUUCACUGAUACCCCAUAAUGGCCUUAAGUCUAUGCUCUCUGUUUUUAUCUAGUUUUCCUGCUAUGUGAAUGGAAAUUUUGUCUACAAAUAAAUAUGGGAAUUUGUAUGAAUUGUAACAUUUCCUGUAAGGAAACUUUGUGUAGUUUUCUGAAUUGUAAGAAACAAAGUCUUGUUCUAGCACAACAGACUUUAUUUCCUGUAUGCUAGCAGUGAAGUCCCUUGUGAAUCCUUAGAGUAUAAAGGAAACAGUUAUAUUAAGUUGGCUUCAUGACAGUUUGUACAGUGUUCCAAAACCCCCAAAGCAUUAAACCAGUAUCAUUUUUCCUCUGGGCUUGUCAAAGCUGUCCUUAUAAUCUGUAGUGUGCCUUUUGAAAACUGUUGCUCACUUCUUAAAUAAAAAGGUGACAAGUGUCAUGCUACAGGCACGGUACUUACACGUUUAAGAAGUACUUCCUUCAAAGCUUUAAUAAGUAAGUGUAAAAAGCCUUAGCAGGUUUACAUCACGGAAAGCAAACUGUCACUUGGGAACUGGUUCAGGCUCCAAAAUACUGAAAAGAAAAAAAGAUGUGUUACUGUCAGUAACAGAGGAAGAAACAGAGUUACCCUGUCUUUUUCUGAUACAGUGAGUUUAAUUUUCUCUACAUCUUGUUUUCUCAUUGUAAGCGCCUUACUUUCAGCAGUACAAUAUCCACUUAAGAUUUUUGGAUGGAAAAUGCUAUUCUGUACAUUUGAAUAACUUUUAAGAGGUAUUCUGCUGGAGCCAAGUCUGUGAAAGUCUACUUUAGCAUUUCACAUUCAUCUAACAAGAAGUAAUUCUACACACUGUUCCACCUAUAAAGCAAUAUAAACACUUCUGUCAUCUGUACACACAGAGCUGUGUCUGGCUACAGAAACAUAAACAAAGAAAAAAGCUCAAAGAAAGGGAAAAAUGCUCUGCUAACUGCAGUCUGCCUUUGGUGAAGCCAACAGCAGCUCUUUGCACUGCUGCAGAAGACACUCUGGAGCCUUUUUCUGGAUUGGAUAUCAAAAUAUUGCAGCAGCUAUUCUGGUAUGGAAUGGGGUCUUGGAAUACAGCUGAACUGAAAUGGUGAUUCCUGCUGUUAGGAAUCAAGGGUCUAGAGGAGUAGUCUGCUUUGUGCAAAAAAACAUUAGAUACCAUCAGAAACCAUUAUGCAGAAAAUUUCUGUGAUGAUGUUACAAGGCUCUGUGGGGAAGCCAGCCGUUAUAACCUGUCCAACAGGCUUAAUAAUCCUCGGCAUAAGUAGAGUCCCUUGAUGUGGUCACAUGUGAGUUCAGAACAGAGAGUUGUUGUGGUUUUUAACCUAGAUUAUGUCUGACACUACAGAGCAGUUAAUAGGUUAAGACUACGUGGGAAGGACUCUCUGUGCAGUACAUACUUGGGCCUUGAAAAUGACCUGGAUGAAGUAAAUCUGACAUGGGCAAGGGCUUUCUUCCCUGAACUGGAGUGAGGACUAUCUUAUCGGGACUUUCUGCACAGUUACAGAUAGUUUGGUAAACUGAAGAUACACUGGACUUUAUUAUGGCUAGUGGUAGUUUAUUUUAGAUUAGUGCUCCCUGGAGUGGAUCUUGCUUUGAAUCUUGCUUUCUGUUUUGCAAGGGAGCUGGAGUAGAGGAGAAUGAGGACAGAGACAGCCUCUUCCUCUGCUCUGGGCAAGGGAGAACAGCACAAGAUCAACACCCCGAGGCCUAGAGAAGCAUGAGAAGAGAAAGGCAAUGAAUGCUUCCAUUCAUGCACCACUUCCCGUGCCUCAAUAAGCCCACUAGUCUGGCAGGAAGUGGGACUUGUCUGUAAACACAGCCAAGGCUCAAAAGAUGCUGAGUUCACAUGCUGCUUCUGUUUAGAGCAAAGUAGAAUGUAGCCCAUCCGUAUCCUUCUGUAGACCUGUACCUUGGCAAAAGCAUCUCUGGCUGCUCAGUUCCUCCCUUAUGGCCCUGCCCAGAGCAGGAUUUUGGGUUUUGGUGUGCUUUUAAACUGUGGGUUCAUGAACUUCAUGAGUCUACCUUUGAACGCUGGGGAGUUCCAGGAAUUAUCUUCCAUAUGUCACCUGCAUGGCAGCAACUCUUGCUAAAGGAAAUCACUUGCCUGUUCAGACUUGUAACCUCCCAUGUAAACACUGGAAGGUAACAGUAGAUUUCUUCACAAGAGGCUGUUCUGAACAACUGAACUGCUUCAGGCCACCUAAUCUGAAGUAAUCUCAUUUUCACGGAUUUAGGAAGACUUCCCCCCCCUUUACUUCACUGCCAGUUUUUUUGUGGGAGCAAAACCAAGAGAAUCUCUGCCUGUGUUCCCCCAACAGCAUGUUCUUUACUCUGUUUGGUCAGUUUGGGAAACACAGGUUAAAAAAGCAUAUAUAAAGCGGCUUGUAAUCUGGAUAAUUGGCUGCAAGAGAGUGGGAUAGUAUCCAUUUCCUUACAUUUGUUGCUGUUUUCCUUACUGAUUACUGGCUCAAGUGCCAGCUUGAGCUAAGGACACUUACUUUUCAGUAGUUUAUUUUAGUUUUAGUAAGUGAGAACCUGGAUGACCCAGAAGUCUGUAAAGUUGAAGCAGCUAGAACUACUCGGGAGAGCUCAGAAAUGGAAAGAUAACAGCCUAACUCUGACAAGCCUUCAACAGAAUGCUGCAUUGCUACCAUAGGGGAUGGAGAACAGAAAAGAGUUCCUGCCUUGAAUUCUCUUAAAGGAAGUUCUGUUAUCAAUUAGACUGAGUUUUCCUUGAAAAUAUUAUCUCAAGUAACUGCUAGUUCUCUCCAAAAGUACAUUGGAGCUGAAGUAAACUAGCAUUUUGUUAUUGAGUAGCUCUUAUCUUUUGUUUGUAGUAGGUGGGUACAACUAAAUUGUUAUUAUUCUAAGGCAAAAUUGCUUUCUCCCUGCUCCCAGCAUGGAACAAAAAAUAACACUCCCAUGGUGUAUCCAAAGACUUUAAAGGUCGUUGACUGUAUUCCUUAAGUUUAGAUUCUUGGGGUUUAUUGUGUGUCAUUCCUUCCCUUAACUAUUAACAUUGAGGCAAAGACAUUUGCAUUAUGUACAUGAGGGUCAUUUGGAGUGAAGUACAUUACUUGUUUUUGCUCUGUUUCCAGAAGAGGAAAGCAUAGUACAUGAUGGAUUUAAAGCAAAAUGGAGAACUGUAUUCUUAAAGAAAACAAAUAUGACUUUAUGGAAAUAUCAUCAUCAAAAUUGGCAAAAAUUCAAAACAAGAGGUAUCCAAAAAUUCUUUUCCCACGUACUGGCCUGCAAGCCAGACUUUAAAUUAGCUUUAGUUAUCAGGUUGUUUUAUCUAGAUAUGCAUUAAUUGACAAAUAUUAAGUAUUCAAAGUGGCUUAUCCUUUGGCCUAGUGGUCUUCUGAUGCAGAAUAGAAGGUAUGACACAAAAAAACCCCAAGAAAAAAAACCCUAUAGGUUGGUAACCCAGCACAGGAGAGGAGAGACAAAGAAUCAUAGGAUUGUUUGGUUGGAAAAGACCUUUGAGAUCAAGUCCAACUGUGUUUGUCCACUACUAAACCAUAUCACUGAGCACCUCAUCUACCUGUCUUUUAAAUACCUCCAGGGAUAGUGAGUCAACCACCAGCCUGUUUCAGUGCUUGAUAACCCUUUCAGUGAAGAAUUUUUUUCUGAUAUCUAAUCUGAACCUCCCCGGCACAACUUGAGGCCAUUUCCUCUCAUUCUAUCACUUGUUACUUGGGAGAAGAGACCAACACUCACCUCGCUACAACCUCCUUUCAGGUAGUUGUAGAGAGUGAUAAGGUCUCCCUUCAGCCUCCUUUUCUCCAGGCUAAACAAUCCAAGUUCCCUCAGCCACCUCUCAUAAGGCUUGUUCUUCAGCCCCUUCACCAGCUUUGUUGCACUUUCUGGACACAUUCCAGCACCUCAAUGUCCUUCUUGUAGUGAGGGGCCCAAAACUGAACACAGCAUUCAAGGUGCAGCCUCACCAGUGCCAAGUGCAGGGGCUCAAUCGCUUCCCUUGUCCUGCUGGCCAUACUGUUUCUGAUACAGGCCAGGAUGCCAUUGUCCUUCUUGGCCAGCUAGGCACACUGCUGGCUCAUAUUCAGCUGUGUGUAAACCAGCACCCCCAGGUGUUGAUUGAGAUGGUUAUAGGACUCCUUCUAACCUGUCACAGUGCAACAAGGCUCAACUUGAUCGCUUCACUCAGUGAAAGUGGAGGCAUGUUCAAAUACAAAUGUUUUCCUACCCUCAGUCAGAAAAUGUUGGUGUGCAAGAGUGCAAAGUAAUUUAACAUCAAGUUUCUUGUGAAAGUGAAGAAAUCUGUGAUGGAAAUUUUUCAAAUACUGACAGAGGCUCGCAGUGAAGAGUGCAUGUCUCGUGCAUGCAUUUUUAAGUCAGUGCUCAAAGGAACCCAUUUUUUGUCAGCAGAAGACGUGAAAGCAAAAACAAAGGAGAACCUCAUCAGGCUUUUGGAAAAUUAUCUGUGGAAUUGCUUUGAACAUUGGCAACGCCUUAUGCAGCUGUGUUUCAACUCAGAAGCGAAUUAUGUUAAAGGUGAUCAUAGUUGAUUUCUUAAUUUGUUAAAUAAAAAGAGUUACACUACAGUCUUGGGGUUUUGGAGGUUUUUUUUUGUGGGGGACCUCAUACAUUGCAUGUACUAUAAAAAAACAGGUAAAUUUUAUUUUAGAAAAGGAGGAAGGAAAGAAUUGAGGAGCACCAGUUGGACUGUAAUGAAACAAUGAUAUGAGAAGGUUAACCAUCUUACAAGAUUAUUUCUAAGUUAUGCAAGGAGAAAGUUAAACAGACUGAUCUGAAAGCUAAACAGAUUUAUCUACUUUCAGUCAAUUCAUUUUCUUACAACUUGGCAGUGACCAUUCCAAUAAAGUUAUGCUGUUCUGCAACAUUUUGGGAGCCAUUAAGGAUUUCUGGGGACAGGCGUUGAAGUCUCCAAAGUAUCUUCUGAAGUUGUACUCACACAGUUCUUCAGACAGACAUCUUUCAUGCAAAAACACCCUGUCCUAACAGAUGACAGUUAAUGCCUUGAAACAAAAGAUUUCUGUAUACAAAUAGCACAUAGAUAAUUUUAGAUAUACAAAUGCAAAUCACGUUUGCAGAGCAAAAAGAUCCUUUUAUAUUUGUGCAAGGGGUCAUAGAGCAUAAGCAGACCUGAUAAGACAAUCUUUUCCAUCAUUUUUUUCACCCCUAAAUGAGCUUACCAGUGUGCCUUGGCAAGUGUGCUGCCACAAAUUGCAUCCAAGCAGCAACCUGUUUUCUAGAGACAGGACAGAAAGUAGACUGUCUAUGUGCAAGAAAUUCUCAGAGACAGUUUGGUAGCAGCACUUGCACAAAACCCUUUUCUUGUUUAAGUCCCAUGUGGCACAAUCCAGUUGAACAUAUUUUUUCCCCACCCCUCAGUCCCUGGCAAAUGGCACAAAAGGCUUCUGUCGCCGUUUCUCUCUAGGGACUGCGUCUCUUGCCUCUUCAUGAUGCCAAUGAAGGGUUUUAACAGAUCCUUGUUAGAUGCCUCCAUGCUCAAAUGUAUUGUAUACAGAGUAUUUGUAUUUCUCUUCAAAUCAUGUUUGUGUUGCCUUUCCCUCUACUGCUCACACCUGAAACCAAGUCAGCAUGAUGAGCUAUGGUGUUACAGUACCACAGCAGAUACAAGCUGCUGAUCUUACUCUGCUUUUAUAUCUUUAAAGGAAUUUUUGCUCUCCCAGCUGGAGGCACUGGGAAUGAAUGCAAACAUACAAGGACUGUAGCCAUGGCCAUCCCACUUCACUUCUAGUUGUUUGCAGUGGUGUGCUUAGUAAAAGCCUGAGGUGAUUCUGCCCCUUUAUCCCUCUCUUGUGAGACCUUAUCUGGAGUAUUGUGUCCAGUUUUGGAAUCCUCAACAGAAGAAGGAUACGGAGCUGUUGGAGCAGGUCCAGAGAAGGCUACAAAGAUGAUCAGAGGGCUGGAGCACCUCCCAUACAGGACAAGCUUGAGAGAG